AUGAUCGCUCGCGCGAAAGAGUUCGAGUCGGGCGCGAGUGCCGGCUCGUCUCCCAUCGACUACACGGUGGAGGAUCUGGAAAAGGUCACUUUCAAAGACCAAAGGGAAAUUGAAUCCUACCACCUCGUGUACAGCUCACUGGCAUUCCACUAUGUUGAAGAUCUGGCCAGGCUCUAUCGAGAAAUCCACACUUCUUUGAAGCGCAGUGGCAAGCUAGUGUUCUCGGUGGAGCACCCCGUCAGCUCCGGGCCUAUCCACCCUGGGCCGGAAUGGGAGACACUGGAAUCGGAUGGAAAAGAACGGACAAUCUGGCCAUUGAACUCGUACAGUGAGGAGGGGUGGCGGACAACCAGUUGGCUUGGAGUUGAGGGGGUGCGGAAGUAUCAUCGCACCCUAGAAACAUACGUCAAGAUUCUUCUAGAGAGUGGAUUUAAAUUGACAGGGCUCAUAGAGUGGUCCCCCUCCCUUGAAGACAUUGCUGAGCAUCCCGAUUGGGCUCAUCAGAGACAUCGUCCUUUUUUUCUUACUCAUUUCCGCCGAGAAGCAAUGACAGGCCGCGUGAAGUAUGAUUUCCAAUGUGAUUCCUUCAAUUUACUCUACUUGUCAGUUACCGUAAACCCAAGAAAACCAGGAUCAUUCCGAUGA